AUGAUGCACAUGACCUUCUACUGGGGCGUGGAGGCCACCAUCCUCUUCUCCUCUUGGCACACGCAUACACUUCCGCAGUACUGCCUCGCUAUCGCGCUUGUCGCGCUCGCCAGUAUCGCGUACGAGGGCCUGAACUCUCUGCGCGUCAACGUGGCAGCGGGAAAGCUCGCGCGGGCGAGCGCUGCUUCCGACGAAUCCACGAGCACGCCACUGCUUGCUGGAACCUCACGUCCUCCAGCCCGGCUUUCUUGGGCAGACAAGCUGCCUCUCUCCCUGCUCUACAUCGCCACGUCUGCACUGGCCUACCUCCUCAUGCUAACCGCCAUGUCCUUCAAUGGAGGGAUCUUCAUUGCUAUUGUUGUUGGGCUAGCCGCUUCAAUGGCCGAUCAAUUGUCCGAGGAUCAGAUUGCUGAGUUUAAGGAAGCUUUCAGCUUAUUCGACAAGGAUGGAGAUGGUAGCAUCACAACGAAGGAGCUCGGAACCGUCAUGCGUUCGUUGGGGCAGAAUCCAACUGAGGCUGAGCUUCAAGACAUGAUCAACGAAGUCGAUGCGGAUGGUAACGGAACGAUCGACUUUCCAGAGUUUUUGAACCUUAUGGCGAGGAAAAUGAAGGACACCGAUUCUGAGGAGGAAUUGAAGGAGGCGUUUAAGGUGUUCGACAAGGACCAAAACGGAUUCAUCUCGGCGCAGGAGCUUCGGCACGUGAUGACGAAUUUGGGAGAGAAGUUGACAGAUGAGGAGGUUGAUGAGAUGAUUCGGGAGGCUGAUGUGGAUGGAGAUGGACAAGUGAAUUAUGAGGAGUUCGUGAAAAUGAUGAUGGCUAAGAAGACAAGCCGUUGCAGCAUGGUUAUAGUGUUGUCAGAGGAUCAGAUUGCGGAGUUCAAGGAAGCUUUCAGCUUAUUCGAUAAAGAUGGAGAUGGCAGCAUCACAACGAAAGAGCUUGGCACUGUCAUGCGGUCCUUGGGACAGAAUCCGACGGAGGCCGAGUUGCAAGAUAUGAUUAAUGAGGUUGACGCUGACGGCAACGGCACAAUUGACUUCCCCGAGUUCCUGAACCUUAUGGCGAGGAAAAUGAAGGAUACCGAUUCCGAAGAGGAGCUAAAAGAAGCGUUCAAGGUAUUUGACAAAGACCAGAACGGUUUUAUUUCGGCACAGGAGCUUCGGCAUGUGAUGACGAAUUUGGGAGAGAAACUGACGGAUGAGGAGGUUGACGAAAUGAUUAGGGAAGCAGAUGUGGAUGGGGAUGGCCAAGUUAAUUAUGAGGAGUUUGUAAAGAUGAUGAUGGCAAAGUAG